UAUAUGGUCUGUGGUCAAGUAAAAGUAUCUAAGUAGUAGAAGUACCUAUUUGAUAAGCGAAUUUUUAUUUUGUGUUUUAUUUGUUUACUUUACUUUUUACGCGUUUUUGUUUCAAAAUGGCUCGAUAUUUUAAAGAACAGGAUAUUGAUGAGUUUCGUGAAUGCUUCUAUCUAUUUGCUCGAUCCGGUCAGAUUACAUCUCUGGACGAGUUGACAGUUGUCAUGAGAUCCUUAGGAAUGAGCCCAACCAUUCAAGAACUUACAGGGUAUUUAAAAGGAAAAGGAGGGAAGAUGUCCUUUGCUGAUUUCCUUGAAGUAAUGCAUAUUCACUCUAGAGCAGAAAAUCUACCGCAUGAGGUGGUGAACGCGUUCCGGGCGGCCGACAACGACAAGAGGGGCGUGGUCCCGGCGAAGCAGCUGCGCAACCUGCUGCAGAACUGGGGCGAGGGCCUGUCCGCGCGCGAGGUGGAUAACAUUUUCCGCGAGGCGAAUGUGUCCAACAACGGACUGGUGCAUUAUGAAGACUUCGUUAAAAUCGCCUGCGCUCCCGUCCCCGAUUAUUACUAACUACCCUACUUUGUCCUUCUUCUCUACCAGGACGCCCAUAUCCUUACCCUUCCCAGUCCUUUUCUGUAUUUCUCUCGUAAUCUGUUUCGAAUUUGAAGUCGGCAAUCUAUUUGGAGGGGCGUAAGGUCUGCAAUCGACCUUACGCCUCUCCAAAUGUCCACGGGCGGUGGUAGCGCUUACCAUCAGGCGACCCACCAGCUCCAUU